AUGCAGCCAGAAGAGUUCAUGGAUUGGCUCAACAAUGUGGAGAGAAUAUUUGAUUACAAGGAUGUGGCAGAAGAUCGCAGGGUGAAACUAGUAGCAAUCAAAUUGAAGAAACAUGCUUCAAUUUGGUGGGAACAUCUCAACAAACAGCGGGUUUGGGAAGGAAAGAGGUGGAUUGAAUCAUGGGAAAAGAUGAGAAGAGAGUUGAAGAAGAAAUUCAUUCCAGAAAACUACUGCCAAGAUUGUUUCCUCAAGUUUCAUAAUUUCAAACAAAGUGAUGUGUUUGUGGAGGAGUAUACAACAAAAUUUGACAAAUUACGCAUGCUUUGCGACAUCAUAGAACCAGAGGAGCAAACAAUUGCUCGCUAUCUUGGGGGACUCCGCUAUGAGAUUCGCAACAUUGUACAACUACAACCAUAUUGGUCUUAUGGGGAUGUUGAGAAAUUAUCUUUAAAGGUUGAAAAGCAUAUUAAGGAAAGCCGUGGUGGUACCUCAAGAUCUUGGCUCAAGGAGGGUAAUUCAAAUCGAGCACCAAUAGCUAUUGGAAAACUUGCCUCAGCUCCAAAAACAGAUGCCUUCUCAAAGCCAACCAGCAAGCAAGAAGGUUCAGCGAGUUCAAGUCGUUCAAACUCAGUUCGUUGUUUCAAGUGUCAGGGAUUGGGUCAUAUUGCAUCUGACUGCCCAAACCGCAAGAUAGUUUCGCUUGUAGAAGAAAAUGAGGAAGAAUUCAAUGAAGAAGUUGGUUUAAAUUUGGAUGAGGGACCAAGGUUUGAUGAAGAAUUAACAUAUGGUGAUGAAGGUGAGAGCUUAGUCAUUCGAAGAAGUUUAAAUGCAGCCCAAGUGCAGGAAGACAAUUGGCUUCGAAAUAAUAUAUUUCACACACGGUGUACUUCCCUUGGCAAGGUGUGCAAUGUCAUCAUUGAUGGAGGAAGUUGUGAAAAUGUGGUGGCUACCACCAUGGUGGAGAAAUUAAAUCUUAAAAUGAUGGAGCACCCACAACCUUACAAGUUCUCUUGGUUGCAAAAGGGGAAUGAGGUAAGGGUGAACAAAAAGUGCUUAGUUCAGUUUUCUAUUGGGCAAAAUUAUAAGGAUGAAAUAUGGUGCGAUGUCGUUCCCAUGGAUGCGUGUCAUUUGCUACUUGGGAGGCCUUGGCAAUAUGAUAGGAAAGUUGUGCAUGACGGGUUCAGAAACUCCUAUACCUUUGAAAAGGAUGGAGUUAAGAUUGUUUUGGGUCAUAUGAAGUCAGGGAGCAAUCCAAAGCCAAUGAAAGUAGACGGAAACAACUUAUUGACCAAGUCUGAGUUCUUGAUUGCUUUUGAAGAAAUUAAGGAAGCAUAUGCACUGGUGGUAAUGGAAGAGAAUGAAAUGAAGGUUAGGAUACCUCCUACAUUGCGCCCUUUGCUUUAA